AAGCAUUAAAAAAAAAGUUGCUACACUCUCAUAUUUUUAACAAACACACACACACACAGAACAGAGCAGAUCGGCAAAAGCCAUGUUCUCAACAAAAACGAUCCUCUUUAUCGCCGUCGUGUCGAUUCUCGGAGCGUUUUCAUUCGCAGCCGUCGAUACUUUUGUCUACGGCGGCUGCUCGCAAGCCAAAUACUUCCCGGGAUCGCAUUACGAGUCCAACGUCAACUCGCUCCUCACAUCGUUCGUUAGCUCAGCUUCUCUCUCCACAUACAACAACUUCACCGUCAACGGAAUCUCCGGCGGCGACAGUUCCGUCUACGGAUUGUACCAGUGUCGCGGCGAUCUCUCCUCCGCCUCCGGCGACUGCGCUAGAUGCGUCGCUCGAGCCGUUAGCAGACUCGGAAGUCUCUGCGUCGGCGCGUGCGGUGGCGCGUUGCAGCUCGAGGGGUGUUUCGUGAAGUACGAUAACUCGACGUUCCUCGGCGUGGAAGAUAAGACGGUGGUGGUUAGACGGUGUGGAUCACCGGUUGGGUAUAACUCGGACGAGUUGACUCGGAGAGACUCGGUGGUGGGUUACUUAGCGGCGAGUAGCGGUGGGUCCUAUAGAGUGGGAGUGUCGGGGGAAUUGCAAGGUGUGGCGCAGUGCACCGGAGAUCUCAGUGGGAGCGACUGUCAAGACUGUUUGAUGGAGGCAAUCGGACGGCUGAAAUCGGAUUGCUCAACAGCCGCUUGGGGUGACGUGUACUUAGCCAAGUGCUACGCGCGGUAUUGGUUGCGUGGAGGCCACUCGCGAUCUAAUGGCUACGGUGGGGAUCGUGACAAUAAUGACGAUGAGAUAGAGAAGACACUUGCUAUCAUAGUUGGCUUAAUUGCUGGAGUUACGUUACUCGUCGUUUUUCUUUCUUUUAUGGCAAAAUCGUGCGAGAGAGCUAAAGUUUUGGAGCGCCAACGAUACGAAAAAAACACACAAAGUCGAGUUCGAAAUAUAUGAUAAAUGGUGGGUGUAGUUGGUUGAAUUUUAAUGCUACUUAUACAAUAAGAUAUUAAUUAUUUAGUGUAUAGAACUUUAUAAAGUGGUCGAGUGGAUAUCAUUAUGUUUCAAAUUUCAUACAAAAGUAGGAAGAAAUAACAGCAGAAUACGUGGAACAAACGGCUUACGUGACACAUUUUCUAUCAUCAAUUAUUCACCCUAUAGUUUAUAUUGAAAUUUGUUUUGAAUGUUCCUUUGUAUUUAUUUAACUUUUAAACAU